AUGGCCCCCGCCGGCAGCAAGAAUCUCUCCUCCCUCACCCCGCAGCAGCGCUCCACGCUCCAGGUCCUCAACAACUACAUCCUCGACCCGAACAUCCUGCGCGCCAACUGCCCGCUCGACUACGGCCGCCACAACACCACCAGCGGGAAACCCAAGACCGGCCUCGGCGCACUAGACAAGCUGCCCCUCGAGCUGCAACACGAAGUGCUCGCAUACAUCGAUCUACAGUCGCUCGUCACGUUUCGCAGGGUGGGCAGGAAGGCAGGGCAAGUCGUGGAUAGCAUGAUCAUAACCCACGCCCCCAACACCAUCCGCCUCGCCCUCAGCAUCCACACCGCAGACCUCUUCACCGCCGCGCAGCUCCUCUCCAAGCUGCGCCAGCGCGUCUGCGACGGCGCCGCCUGCGCCAAUCUCGCGCCUUACCUCGACGUCUUCACGCUCUCGCGCCGCUGCCUCACCGUCGGCGGGCCCUGCGACGCCGCACCCGGCCCGCGCAACCUCGCCCAGCUCAACACCCACUUCGGCCUCGCCGAGCCCGACUUCCCCGCCGCCCUCGUCCCGCGCUUCCAAGCCGUCCCCGGCGUGUACGGCACGCGCUGGAAUAGUAUUCGUGUCUACGCCAACGCGCCGCGGACGUACUACGCCAGCACGGCGGUGCACGGGGGGAUUAAUGCUGGUAAGAUCCCGCCGCGCGAGUCGCGCACGUCGCUCCGGCAGCCGAUGCGCGGCGCUGUGUGGAUCGAAGACGAUGCGUACUGCAAGCUUAGCGUGGUUGUGGCGCCGUGGCUGGACGGUGGUGGGGAAGGUAGGGAGGCGGAGUACGGGGCGUUUUGCAAUGUGUGUCUUGAGACGGAGACGCGGGAGUGCGAGAAAGCACUGCGGCGUGGGGGGCACGGCGAGUGGAUGUUGGGGGAUUGGGUCGGGGUGAGGGCGCCGGUGCGCGCGUGGUUUGGGACGGUGGAGAGCGUGGAUGAGCAUAGGCGGAGGGUGCAUAGUGUGGAGUGGCCGCUGGGUUUGUGGUAG